AUGAAACUCAACGAAAAGGUAGAAAUCGUGGCGAAAAAGUGCAUUUUAGUGCCUUACGAACCUUGUCACGUGGAAAAAUACCAUAAAUGGAUGGAAGAUGAGGAGAUCCGACGGUUGACAGGCUCAGAACGAUUGACUAUUGAAGAGGAAUACGAAAUGCAGAGAAGCUGGAGAGAAGACGAGGAUAAACUCACUUUUAUCGUGUUGAGCAAGGAGAAUGAGCUCGAUGAGACGUCCCGAAUGCUUGGAGACGUCAAUCUAUUCAUUUCGAAAUCCACGUCAUCAGAAGACGAAUCAGAAGAAGUGACGGAGGGAGAAGUUGAGAUAAUGAUAGCCGAAGCGAGUGGGCGGGGCAAAGGAAUCGGAGAGGAGGCCGUCUCGUUGAUCAUCUCGUGGGCGUAUAAGAACCUGUCAAUCUGCGUCUUUCGUGCCAGAAUCACUGACGACAACACUCCAAGUCUCUCACUAUUCGAAAAGAAGCUCGGAUUCAAUCGGAUCAAACAUAGCAGUGCAUUCAAGGAGUAUACACUGGAACUGCCCCAAAAACGACUUAUUUCUCAUUUUUCCACGUUUUUAGAUCAAAAUUCUCAGAUUUGCGAGUAUAAAAUCAAAAAAUAA